UCAUUGCUUCACAAUCUUUACAUUCUUGAUCAACCGUUUGCAACUCCAUCAUUGAACUUCUGUGGAUCCUUUAAAGUCGAUGGUUCUCUUUCGCAUCAAAGCCUUGGGCAUCCAUAUUCUGCCAAGUUACAACACUCUCUGAUGCAAUAUCCUUAGAUAAGUUUUCUUUACUAGAUAUUUCUCGUUGUCUUGUGUUUCCCUUAGCUAAGCUACGUAGACUUCCGUUUCCACAACUUAAUAAAAUGUCUACAAAACCAUUUGAUCUUGUUCAUAUGGAUAUAUGGGGUCCUUUCUCUGUCGAGUCUGUUGAAGGUUAUAAGUACUUUCUUACAAUUGUAGAUGAUCUCACCGGUGUAACUUGGAUUUAUAUGUUGAAAUACAAAAGUGAUGUUUCUGUUAUUUUACCAUCGUUUGUUAAACUUGUGCGCAUUCAAUAUAAUAAAAAACAUAAAGAUGAUUCAUAGAGAUAAUGCUCAGGAACUUGCUUUCUCAAACUUGAUUAGAGAACAUGGUAUUAUGCAUAAAUUUUUUUGUGCUUAUACACCUCAACAAAAUUCUGUUGUGGAACUUUAACAUCAACAUCUCUUAAAUGUUACUAGGGCUUUAAUGUUUUAAUCUAGUGUUCCUUUAUAAUACUGGAGUGAUUGUAUCUUUACUGUUGUGUUUUCAAUCAAUCGAACAGCGUCCUUGUUUUUGAACAAAAUGCCAUGAGAAACAUACAGAUAAGAAACCUGAUUAUCAUUUUUCAAAGCUUUUGGGUGUUUGUGUUAUGUGUCAAUAUUGCCUAAAGAUCGACACAAAUUUACUCCGAGAGCUGAGUCAUGCGUUUUCUUAGGCUGUCCAUCUGGUAUUAAAGGAUAUAAGGUUCUCAACAUUGAUACACAAGUUGUUUCUGUAUCUCGCAAUGUUAUCUUUCAUGGCCAUGACUUUCCUUACAAACAUGUUAAUACAGAUUCACAACUUGACAAUCUUUUUUCUAAGUCUAUAUUACCUUUAUCUAAUCCUAUUGAGAUUGAUUCUGUCAUUCCUGUGCAUUCUCAUGCAUCUACAUCAUCAUCAUCUCAUGUUCUGAAUGUUCCGGUGGUGAGUGAGACUCAUGCAUGUGAAGUUGCUUCUUGGUCUUGCUGCGAUUAAUGGCUGGUCGUUAGACCAAAUGGAUGUCACUUAUGCUUUUCUGCAUAGUGACCUUGACGAGGAGAUCUAUAUGAGUCUUCCUUUGGGAUAUACUCCUCCUCUAGGCGUAAUUCUUCCACCCAACCCAGUCUGUCGCUUGAAUAAGUCCAUUUAUGUAGACUGGAUCUUCCUUUAUUGGUAUAAAUGCUGCUCGUCAGUUCUUAUGUAGACUGGAUCUUAAACAAGCUUCCAAAAAAUGGUAUAAAUGCUGCUCGUCAGUUCUUAUUGUGGAUGGUUUCUCUUCUUCACUAGGUGGUCAUUCUCUCUUUGUCAAGAAGACUGGAUCUUCCUUUAUUGCCUUGUUGGUUUAUGUAGAUGACAUCCUUAUUGCGAGCAAUGAUGUUGAGGUUGUUUGUUCUGUGAAGACACUUCUACAUAAAUCUUUCAAGAUCAAGGAUUUAGGGAAUGCGAGAUUCUUUUUGGGCUUGGAGAUAGCUUGGAAUGCUACUGGUAUUGCUCUCUCACAUAAAGUAUGCUCUGGAUUUAUUGGUUGACACAUGAUUCUUGGCAUCUAAGCCUUUUGCAGUUCCAAUGGAUCCCUCAAUCCCACUGAGCAAAACCAUUGGUGUUCCUCUUCCUGAUGCUUCUUCGUAUCGUGAAUUAAUUGGAUGUCCUUUUUAUCUGACCAUCACGAGACCUAACAUCAUGUAUGUGGUUCAUCGGUUGAGUCAGUUUCUCUCUGCUCCUACAGACAUACAUUUUCAGUCAGCUCAAUGUAUUUUUCUCUACUUAAAAUCGAAUCCAUGGCAAGGCUUGUUCUAUUCAGCUGAUUCAGAUGCUUGUCUCAAUGUGUAUGUCGAUGCUGAUUGAGCUACAUGACAUGAUAUAAGACGCUUUGUCACAGGCUUCUGUGUGUAUCUUGGAAAGUCUUUGAUUAGCUGGAAAUGCAAGAAGCAGCAGACGGUCAGUAGAAGUAGUACUGAAGCAGAGUACAAGAGUAUGGCAUUGGCUGCUUGUGAGCUUAUUUGGUUGCAGCAAAUCCUUACAAACUUUAAGAUCACGGUAACUAAUACUGCAAAGCUGUUAUGUGAUAAUAAGUUAGCUAUCCAUAUUGCCACCAACCUUGUGUUUCAUGAAUGCACGAAACACAUCGAGAUUGACUGUCGUACCAUUCGAGAUCAGGUGAAGAAUGGUUUCAUUUGUCGCAUACAAGUGGUUAGUGCUAAUAAUCAUGCUGACAUUUUCACCAAACCGCUCCACAUCCUUCUCCUUUUCAUUUUAUCCUUUCGCACAUGUCAAUUUCAAGCCUCUUCUCACCGUCAUUACCUUCCACUUCAAAGGCUUGAGAGGGGCAUAUUACAUAUACUAAUUUCAUACACGUGUAUAGAUAUUGAGACUAUGUAUACGAAUCUUUAUACUCGUAUACUUGUAUAUAAACAAAACCCCUUGUACAUAAUUCAUUAAUCUAUUGAGUACAGUUUUAAGUUCUUGAGCUGUACUCUCUCUCUCUCUAUAAAACAACAUAUUAAAACGUGUCAUUCAUUGAUUUUAUUAAUUAUCAUUACUAUAAAGUUACAAAAAUAAAAAUUAUCGGGUUCAUGAGGGUCAGCUGACACCUACCUAUCAUAUGUUUCCUCCCUUGCGUGGUGGUUUGUGAAUUGUGAGAGAAAUUUCACAUACAUGUCUGAACAAAAGAGAGAAGAAGUGGGAGACUCUCUGUAGUCUCUACCUGGCCAGAGACUUUCGUAUUAACAAUACCUUUUAGCUCGAAAGCAAUCUUUCCUUUAUUUCUGUAACGUCCCAUCUUACGUGCUUUAGUAAAAUACAUUGCAGACGUUUCCCACGUAAAGAAAUUCCUACGAAUGCAAAUCACACAAUCAUUGUUAUGGUCCUUAUCGAUGCUCAAAUCAUAUCGUACGCUUGGUUGGAGUUGUGUCGGUUAAUAUAAGAUCCCCAACCCCCAACGCAUUACGACAUGAGAGUACGGACAAUAACAACCUAACGCAUACACUGUUCUAAGCUCCAUCACAAACCUCGGAUCCUUCUAGCUCAAAACUUGACCUACUAGUUAUAUCUACGCCUAUAAAUGGUAAACAAACCCUAACGAAAACUAAAAGAAAAACAAAAGGAAGCGAGGACAACAUGAAGCUGCUAGGUUGGAUGCGAACUAUAAACCUAAGUGGCUUUGAUCCAUCAAAUGAGUUCAAAGGUGGUUUCAGUUGUCUAAGAGCUCAGGUUUCCUCUGAAGUCCUAGACAUCCGAACAAACUCCUUCUCCUUCUCCAGAGCAUCUCAUCAUGACUCCAAUCCACCGAAAACUGAUGAGGAACUUUGGUUUGAUGAAGGCGGGUUCGGCGGCUUUCUGGCGAUCGGUACGCUUGGUAGAGAUCCUGAAACACCAAAAUUCACAUCUUCCAUUGCUGAAGAUGAUGUAACCGUGGCAAAGCUCGUUACUGAGAAACUAGACAAGUUUCUUGAGGAAUAUCCAGAUAAGGAUAGUAGCAGUAAGCAGGGAGAAAUAUCGAAGGCAGAAUAUGGUCUCUUUGGAUCAUCCACUGAGCUUACGAAGAGAGGCAAUGAAGUAAAGAAGAUGAAGGGUUUACUUAAAAACCUCUUCAAGAGAAGAAAGGCAGUAGAAGGAGAGUGUAACUCAAUGGAGAAACAAGGAACCAGAGAUUUGAUUAAAAGGAUAUCUAAAAAGCUCCACGUCUCUCCUUCAAAGACGAGAAAUGAUGAUGACUAUGAUGACUACGAUUAUUCCAUGCACAAGAAGAAAGAUAUAAGAAAGAGUGGUCAAAUCUUCCAAAGUAAAGUCCAUCCUGUUAUGUGUACACCUCCAAGAGACGAUAACAAGGUAGAUGACAGAAGAAGCUGCAAACUCAAGAUCCCGAGUCUUAAUGGAGGGUUUCUCGUUCCAAGUUCCAUCUCCAAAGUGAACAAGAAAAGAGAAAAUUGGAUCAGGACUGACACAGAGUAUCAUGUUCUGGAACUGUGAAGAUCAACACAUUGCAACAAACCUCCAUUGAUCCAGCCAAAGUUCUCUCGUAUCGAACACACAUAUAUAUACACAUAUCUACAAAAUCAUUGUCUAGUAAUGUGUAGUGAGAUUGUACGACUUUCAGGUCCAGAACUUCCUAGUUAUUCAAAAAGAAAACAUAUAUGUAUAAUUAUACACACAUAUCUACAAAAUCAUUGUCUCAAAUGUGUAGUCCGAAGGUUAUGUAUUCUACUUUAAGGUAAUGAAUAAGAAACUUCAAUUUUAUAAAAGUAUAGUACCAUAAUUUAAACACAUUCGCAGUAGUGAUUUUAGCCACAAUUAUUGACCGCUCACAAAGAGUCACAUCUCAGCUCCAAACGAGUAACAACUGCACACAAAAUGUGUAACAUAUACGACCAUCUUUGACUCUUGAGCUUGCAUUCUUAACACCAUUCGUGCAAGACUCAUAAGAUAAGAAUAUUAACUCCUCCGGAACUCCAUGGGGCUAGUUAUAAAAAUAGAGAACAAACAGAGUUACUAUUAUGCUUCUUAGAUUAUAUUUAAUUAAUUUACAGAAAAUCAGGUCCAGCGUUACUGAUCAAAGAGUGAAACAAACAAAAAGGAAACCCAAACCACUAAGAAAAUUAUCAAGUAGACACAUAUCUUGAUAUCCUCUUUCAGGAAUAGUAAUCUACUUUAUAUCAAGUUCUUUAACAAAAAGCAAACACUAUCAAAGAGCACAGAAACAAUUGAUUGAACAAUCACCAAAGCUCAAAAGAAAAGCUAAAGCGAAUAUAGAAUACAGUGCCCUCCUUGUAAUCUACCACUAAGCUUUAGUAUCUUAACGUCUUAUUCCUUCUACUUAGCCACCAAGAAAAGCCAAAAAGACUCGUCAAUAUCCUUCUACAUAAUACAUCAUUUGUCUCCAUCUUCAUCUGCAAAAGAACAAACACUCUAUAGUCUAUUCACACACACACACACUUGAGCCGUCUUCAAUGAGCACGGACUGGGGAACGGUGAUUGUAGCGGUGUCUCUGUUCAUCCUACUAUCACCAGGACUACUGUUUCAGAUUCCAGCGAGAACGAGAGUGAUGGAGUUCGGGAACAUGAGCACGAGCGGUAUAGCCAUUUUGGUUCACGCAGUUAUAUACUUCUGUAUUUUCACGAUCUUGGUGGUAGCUAUACAAGUUCACAUCCAUUUCUGAUCUCUACUCUUCUUAUAUCAUGUAUAAAUGUAACAAAAUGAAGGGAGGUUUAUUGCAAACUCUAAUGUAAUGUACAAAUUUCUCUGAUAUUCCUCCUUUCCGACAAA